AGAGGGGACUUGACCGCGGAGUAGACGGCGGUACCUUGGACAGAGCCGCCACGACGCGCGGAGCCCGCCCGGAGCCGCUCGGGAGCGCCCCGACGAGCAGAACUGAGGCGUGAGGCUUCAUAAGUGCCCCCAAGUGGCUUCAAUUUCUGUCCUCAACAAAAGAUAUUGAAAGAAAUGCUGGAAUGCCUGUCCUAGAAAAAACCAUGCAGAAGAAAGAGAAAGAUACAUGCAGUAAAGAUGAGACAGCAGUGCCAAAACUCCCAGUCCCACCACUGCAACAGACCUUACGCAUGUACCUACAGUGCAUGAAACACUUGGUGACAGAGGAACAAUUUAGAAAGACUAAGGUCAUCGUGGAACAGUUUGGAGUUGCAGGAGGCCUGGGAGAAUCCUUGCAGCAAAUACUUGAGGAGAGAAGGGAAAAAACAGCAAACUGGGUGUUUAACUAUUGGCUGGAUGACAUGUACCUCAACAACCGGCUAGCUCUUCCAGUCAAUUCCAGCCCAGCAAUUAUCUUCGCUCGUCAGUAUUUCAAGGAUGUAAAUGACCAGCUGAGGUUUGCUGCCAAUCUCAUUUCUGGAGUGCAAGACUAUAAAGCUUUACUGGACACCCAUGCUUUACCUGUUGAUUUUGCUCGUGGACAGCUGUCUGGUCAUCCUCUCUGUAUGAAGCAAUACUAUGGACUCUUUUCUUCCUAUCGUCUUCCAGGACAUAUCAAAGAUACCCUCGUGGCCCAGAAAAGCAGUGUAAUGCCAGAACCAGAGCACAUCAUUGUUGCUUGUAACAAUCAGUUUUUUGUUUUGGAUGUUGUCAUUAAUUUCCGUCGUCUCAGUGAGGGAGAUCUUUUCACUCAGUUACGAAAGAUAGCCAAAAUGGCAGAGAAUGAAGAGGAAAUGCUGCCUCCAAUCGGCUUGCUGACAACAGAUGGCAGAACUGAGUGGGCAGAGGCAAGGACAAUCCUUAUGAAAGACUCUACUAACCGCGACUCUCUUGACAUGAUUGAACGGUGCAUAUGCCUGGUGUGCCUGGACAGUCCAAGUGGGGUGGAACUGAAUGAUACAAACAUGGCAUUGCAACUGCUACAUGGGGGAGGCUACCAUAAAAACGGGGCCAAUCGUUGGUAUGACAAACCUAUGCAGUUUGUGGUAGGAAGAGAUGGAGUCUGCGGUACUGUGUGUGAACAUUCCCCUUUUGAUGGCAUCGUACUGGUGCAAUGCACUGAACACUUGCUCAAGCACAUGAAAGAAAGCUCCAAGAAAUUAGUCAGAGCUGAUUCAGUGAGCGAGCUUCCUGCUCCACGGAGACUAAGAUGGAAAUGUUCCCCUGAAAUUCAGGCACAUUUGGCAUCAUCAGCAGAAAAACUCCAAAGCAUAGUAAAAAAUCUGGACUUUAUUGCCUACAAGUUUGAGAACUAUGGAAAGGAAUUUAUUAAGAAACAAAAGAUUAGCCCAGAUGCCUACAUUCAAGUAGCACUUCAGCUGGCAUUUUACAGAUGCCACAAGAGACUUGUGCCUACCUACGAAAGUGCUUCCAUACGCAGAUUUGAUGAGGGCAGAGUUGACAAUAUUAGGUCUGCUACCUCAGAAGCAUUUGCUUUUGUGAAAGCAAUGACUGAUGACAAGACAGUUCUAUCGGAUUUUGAGAAGAUGCAGAGAUUUAAGGAUGCAAUUACUGCUCAGACUAAUUACACUAUUCUGGCUAUUACUGGAAUGGCAAUAGACAAUCAUCUGCUAGGGCUCAGAGAGGUGGCACGGGAACGCUUCAAGGAACUACCAGAGAUAUUUACAGAUGAGACGUAUUUGACCAGCAAUCGAUUCAUCCUGUCAACUAGCCAGGUUCCAACUACUAUGGAAAUGUUCUGCUGCUACGGGCCUGUGGUACCCAAUGGUUAUGGGGCAUGUUAUAACCCUCAGCCAGAGCAUAUAUUAUUCUGCAUCUCAAGCUUUAAAGACUGUAAGGAAACCUCCUCAGACAUGUUUGCAAAAGCUGUGGAAGAAAGUCUCCUAGAAAUGAAAGAUCUGUGUAGCAAAUGCAACUCUACUAUGGGAAAACCACUUGCUAAAAAAGAAGCAGCCACACAGCUGCAGGGUGACCACAAAUGCUGAGAGGCUGUGGGAAUUAUUCUCCUGGAUCCACCUUAUGAAGAAACAAUGACAUAGUUGUCCAAAGGCAAGAUAGUACUGGUAAUAUAUUAGUGUAGAACCAAAAUGUCAUUUGUUUUACAUUGUUGCCAACAUCUAAAACCUUGUAAGUACUAAAUCCACCAUUUCUUGCCUGAGAGUCAGCAAAAAAGGCUUGGUCUUACUGGCCGAAAUGAAGGAGGAAACAGUACAAGUGUGUGUUGUACUACCAUCUCUACCCAUAAUCAACUUAGACCAUUUCACCAUCUAAAAAACUGAGUAAAUUUGUAUGACGUAAAUUAAAUACUAAGGCACACCAACUAAUUAAUAUCCCCUGCAAGUAGUUCCAAAAUAAUCACAUCUAUUCCUGCAAGAUUUGCAUGUAGAAAAAAGAAAAACAAAAAGAAAAAGACCACAACACCACCACAGCAACUUCCCCAUUGGGAAUGCUGAGUAUAAUAUUGUGAAUAAUAGUCUGAUGCCAUUACAUCUUGAACAUUUGCAUGAAAAGUAUUUAAUAACACCAUACUAUUUCCAACAUGAGAAAAGCAGAUUAUUUUUAAGAGUUGCUGCUGUGUAUUUCCACAAAUAGAGUUUAAGAAGAUCGCAGCAAUGUUUGCAUGUUCCUCCAAUUCAAAAAAACUGCAGAAAUUAUUUAGCCUUUAUUCUGGUUUGCACUGGCCUCAAGCACAGUCCCAUUCUGAAAGCAGCAUAUUGGAGAAAAGAUCCAUCACUGAGAAUGGGGAGAAAUUUGUCCGUAAUAAAUUGACUUAAUUAUUUCUUUCUAUCAGUGAGCAAAACCCAGUUCGACAGAGAGGCAAAGCACAAAUGCAGUUCAGUCCUACUUAAGACGUUUUUUGCUAGCACAGGAAUGAAUUUAGUUACUGUGACUAGCAGGAGAGCAUGUGCAACCACACAAUAUUGAAGAGCAAUAAAUAACUAGAACAAAGAGGCAAACUUGCAAUAUAACAGUCUUCAAGCUAGAGAUAUAAAUACCAGUUUAAGAGUACUAGUACUUAUAUCAGCUUUGCAUCAUCCCACUUAGGAGGGAUUUAUAGUUUAUAUUUUUAAUAGUAGAUGUAGAGUAUCAUAUUCUGCAGUAUACAGUAAAUUCGGUAAGGAAAGUAAUAAGGUAUCUGGUCAUUCCCAUAUUCUAAGUGUUAUCCUGAAGGUUUUCUCAUUUCUUUCAUUCCUUACAAAUUCUUCCAAGGAAUAUUUUCAGUUACCUUCUCUCAAGCUGAAAUAUGUUGCCUUGCUUAGAGGUUUUCAGUCGUCAUUGUUAGAAUACCACUCACUAAGGACACUUACUUCCUCACUCCAGUGCAGAUCCUUUGCUGGGCAAUCCGGAGCACACUCAGAAGCCCGGCCAGGGACUGCUUACUUGCCUGUGGAGAAGUGGAGACACUCCUUUGUGGACUGAACAACCACACGCUUAACCACUCUCAAGCCUAAAAGCAGGAGAACAGAUUCAUUACAAUAAACUUGAAGCACAGAUACAUUUCUGUCUAAGAAUUCUAGAUUCAGAUUCAGUAGGUUACAUAUGUCUACACUUAUUCUACUGCCACUUUGGAGCUGCACAUGUGCAAUUAAGCAGUCUGCUGGAUAAAGGCCCCACAACCCCACAUAUGAAAGCACAGUGGGGCUGAUAAUCAAUUGGAGUAAGUCAGCUAUGUUGAAGCAAAUCAGCUAUGUUGAUCUACAGUGCUUGAGAGCUGGGCUCAUUUUUUAAAAGUUAAUGUGUUCAUUUAAAAAUAUGUAGAUUUCACUACUCCAUGAGCUAUGGUUCAAACCAAAGAUUAAAUCUCAUUUUAGAUUAUAUAAAGAAUAUUAUGGCACAAAAUCUGCUCCAAAGUGAAAAUGUUAAAAAACCAAACCAAACAAACAAAAACCCACCACCACCAACAAAGAAAACUGUUAGUCAAACCAAAUGUUCAAUUAAUGAAUAUCCUGUUCAAAAUUACUUUAAUUUUUUCCUAUAAUGAUUAUGAAAAUCACUUUGAAACAUUCUCAGCAAUUUUGCUUUGUUCUCUUGUCACCAAAGGCAUUGUGUGUUUUUAACAUAAGUGUAGCAUUACAGUCUCAAGAUUUUUUUCAUAGAGCUGUAAGUUUAAUAUUAUAACCAUGUUUUAAGCAUGUAAAAAUGCUGUGACUAGUUAAUUAUUUAUUAAUUUUCUUCUAAUGAAAAAUGUAAUUUUAUUUUUUAUUCCUAGUUCCAUAGAUACUGAUAUUUAUUUGCAAA